UAGCAUCAUGUUAAACUUCUGAGGACCAUAUUCUCGGAGUUCACAGUCCAGUUGAUUUUUUUUUUUCUUUCUCCUCUUUUCCUGGGGGAAAUUGAGGGAGUUGUUCCUCCCCCCGAAACCCUCGAAAAACCUGUGGUAGCUCUCACCACCUCCACCCCUGCAGCCUCACGAUGCAGACUGUGAGGCUUUCACAUCAGCCAGGAUCACUCCAGCCCAACUUAUGUGUCCCAUGCAGACAUUAAUCAGGACUUGCGUUCAUCAGGGCUCGGAAAUGUGGUUGAAAUAGGAAAGGACAAAGUGUGAGAGAAGAGAGAGAUGGUGCAAACAAAGUGUUAUGAAAAUGUAUUUUUUUGCCAUGUUAAUAGCUCAGCCAUUAACUGAGGAGGGAAGUGACCCGCUGUGCUCGACACACACAGUCUGAGAUCCCUCGGAGUCCUGCUCUGUCCUCCUGAAUUGGACAUGGGGAAAGUCUACUAUAUCACUAAAAAUGUGGGCCUUGGGAUGCUUGUACUGGCGGCCAGUGCAUUGGCCACGAUUAUAGCUCUGUCCAUUGCCUAUAACAAGGAAAAGGCCAAGAAUCAAGGCAUGCCUGGAGAUGGAGCGCCCGACAGCACCAGCAUGCCUCCAGUCUCUACUGCCCCCUUCAACCUGAAGGAGCCCUGGGACCACUACAGACUUCCAGACUCCCUUGUUCCUGUCUAUUACAAUGUGACCCUGUGGCCCCGGUUGGAGCCCAACACAGAUGGCCUGUACAUCUUCAUUGGAUAUUCAACGGUGGUCUUCAGAUGUGUGAGGGAAACAGACCUUAUUAUCAUCCACUCAAGGAAGCUGAACCUUACCGACUUCCAAGGGCACCAUGCUAAACUGAGUGGCCUGGAUGAAGUUGAUGCGCCUGCUAUACUAAAGUCUUGGCUUGUGUUGAAGACAGAGUAUCUGGUUCUUCAGCUGCACAGUAGGCUAGCUUUGGGUGCGACCUAUGUACUUCACACUGAAUUUCGGGGAGAGCUGGCAGAUGACCUGGAAGGCUUCUACAGGAGUGAAUACAUUGAGGAUGGUGUGAAGAAAAUUGUUGCUACCUCGCAGAUGCAAGCAACGUACGCUAGGAAAACCUUCCCUUGCUUUGACGAGCCAGCCAUGAAAGCUGUCUUUAAUGUCAUCAUCAUCCACAACCGAGACACUGUGGCUCUGUCCAAUGGCAGGGAAAUUGAUGCUGAAGACUCUGUCAUUGAUGACAUUCCUGUCAGAGUAACUACAUUUGAGUCCACAGAGAGAAUGUCCACAUAUCUGUUGGCAUUUAUCGUCAGUGACUUUGUUAGCAUUCAGUCAAACCAAAGCAAGAAUAUGUUGAUCCGAAUCUGGGCUCGAAAAAAAGCCAUGGAUGACAGGCAUGGUGACUAUGCUCUCAACAUUACAGGGCCGAUUCUUCAGUUCUAUGAGCUAUACUACAACACAAAAUAUCCACUCGCCAAGUCAGAUCAGAUAGCUCUGCCUGACUUCAACGCUGGGGCAAUGGAGAACUGGGGUCUGGUCACAUACAGGGAAACGGCCUUGCUCUAUGACCCCAUCAUAUCCUCCACAAGGAACAAAGAGAGAGUUACAACUGUCAUCUCCCAUGAACUUGCACACAUGUGGUUUGGCAACCUGGUGACUCUACGAUGGUGGAAUGACCUGUGGUUGAACGAGGGCUUUGCAUCAUAUGUAGAAUACCUGGGAGCUGACCAUGCUGAGCCCAGCUGGAACAUGAAAGACAUGAUCAUUCUGUACGACGUGCACAAGGUCUUUGCUGUGGAUGCCCUGGCCUCCUCUCGUCCGCUGUCCUGCCGUGAAGAGGAGGUCAAUGAGCCUGCUCAAAUCAGCGAGAUGUUUAACACCAUCUCCUACAGCAAGGGAGCGGCAGUGCUCAGGAUGCUGUCAGAGUUUCUCACUGAGCCUGUGUUUGCCAGAGGACUCAGUUCUUACCUGAAAACAUAUGCCUUCAGCAACACAGUGUAUACAGACUUGUGGGACCAUCUCCAACAGGCAGUUGAAAACACUUCAGGUAUUCAUAUUCCACGCACUGUCCAUGACAUCAUGAACAGCUGGGUUCUCCAGAUGGGCUUCCCAGUGGUCACUAUUGACACCCGGACAGGAAGUAUCACUCAGAAACACUUCCUGUUGGAUCCAGACUCUGUAGUGGACAGGCCCUCUCAGUUCAAUUACACAUGGUUUGUUCCUAUUAAAUGGAUGAAGACAGGUGUGGAUCAACCACAGUACUGGCUCCUUCAGAAGACAGACACCAACAGUCUGAUGAGAGUGUCAGGAGAAGAUUGGGUGCUGGCGAACACCAACGUAUCUGGAUACUUCAGGGUGAACUAUGAUCUUGACAACUGGGAUCGUCUCCUCUCCUUGCUCAACAACAACCAUCAGGCUUUAUCAAUCAUCAACAGAGCACAGAUCAUAGACGAUGCGUUCAACCUAGCAAGAGCCAAAAUAAUCAGUACAACAUUAGCCCUGACAGCUACCAAAUACCUUUCCAAGGAGAGAGACUACAUCCCCUGGGAGUCAGCUCUGAGAAACUUUGACUACUACAUCCUCAUGUUUGACCGCACUGGGGUCUUUGGAGCUUUACAGGCAUACCUCAAAAAACAAAUACAACCACUUUUCGAGCACUUCAAGACAAUUACAGCUAACUGGACCAAAGUACCAACAGGACACACUGACCAGUAUAAUCAGAUCAAUGCUAUUGAGGUAGCCUGCACUAUGGGUGUGGAGGGCUGCAGGGAGUUGAUCAAAAGCUGGUACAGACAGUGGAUGGAAAAUCCAAGUCACAACCCGAUCCAUUCCAACUUGAAAAGCACAGUUUACUGCAGAGCUAUAGCUUUCGGUGGCGUUAAGGAGUGGGACUUUGCCUGGACAGUGUUCAAGAACGCGACUCUGGCUUCUGAAGCUUCCAGGCUCAGGUCAGCUAUGGCCUGCACCAAAACACCUUGGCUUUUGAACAGGUAUCUGGAGUACACACUAGACCCGACUAAGAUCCGCAAGCAAGACGCCACCUCUACCAUCCAGUCCAUUGCACGGAAUGUUGUCGGAAUGCCCCUGGCCUGGAACUUCAUUAGAGCAAAAUGGACUUACAUUUUCCACCAGUAUGGAAGAGGAUCAUUUUCCUUUUCUAAUCUUGUCAAUGAAAUCACAAAGAGAUUCUCUACAGAGUUUGAGUUACAGGAGCUGAAGAAAUUCAAAGAAGAAAACCUUCAUGCUGGUUUUGGCUCAGCCACCUUGGCCCUAGAGCAGGCCAUAGAAAAGACCACAGCCAACAUCAAAUGGGUGGCAGAGAACAAAGACCCUGUGCUGAGGUGGUUUACGGAGGAGUCCACAUGAGAACACUUAGAAAGUCAAAAUGACAUUUUGUCAGGUUUCUUUUUCUUUUUUUUUACUGUCAGGGAUUUGUAGUGAACAACAAUCAUUGUAAUCAUCAGGAACAACAAAUGACUAGCCCCUUUUCUUGGUGACAGUUAUGCAAAGACAACUGGUAUGACAAUACAUCAGCUUAACACAUAAGAUGAUCAGUGGACUACAUGUUUCACUAUGUAUGUAAGUGAUGUGUUGAUAAAUAAAUAAAUUGGGUUCUUACCUCUAAUCGUUUUACUCAAAUUUAUUUUCACUACGAAAUGAAUUAAUUUAUGUUUUUUUCUUUUCUUCAUACUUUACUUUAUAAGUUGCUGCCUACUACAAUGUGUGCAAUGCAUUUAUACCGUGAACAUGAAACUUCAUACUGUAUUUCAAAGUGAAUGAAUUAUUAAUAAAG